CCCCGACCGCGCGCCCCGGCGCGGCCAUGGAUCUGACCAGCAGCUCGGGCGGCGGCGGCGACCCCCGGCAGCUCGAGGAGACCAAGCCGCUGCUGGGCGGCGACGCGCCGGGCCCCGAGGGCACGAGGAUGGGCGCCGUGCCCUGCCGCCGGGCCCUGCUGCUCUGCAACGGGAUGAGGUACAAGCUGCUGCAGGAGGGCGACAUCCAGGUCUGUGUCAUCCGGCACCCGCGGACCUUCCUCAGCAAGAUCCUCACCUCCAAGUUCCUGAGGCGCUGGGAGCCGCACCACCUAACGCUGGCCGACAACAGCCUGGCGUCCGCCACGCCAACUGGGUACAUGGAAAACUCAGUCUCCUACAGCGCCAUUGAAGAUGUCCAGCUGCUGUCAUGGGAGAACGCUCCGAAGUACUGUUUACAGCUCACCAUCCCUGGGGGGACCGUCCUGCUGCAGGCCGCCAACAGCUACCUGCGAGACCAGUGGUUCCAUUCUCUGCAGUGGAAGAAAAAGAUUUACAAAUACAAGAAAGUCCUGAGCAACCCAAGCCGCUGGGAAGUUGUCUUGAAAGAGAUCCGGACGCUCGUGGACAUGGCCCUCACGUCUCCCCUUCAGGACGACUCCAUCAACCAAGCCCCCCUGGAAAUUGUCUCGAAGCUGCUGUCAGAGAACACAAACCUGACCACCCAGGAGCAUGAGAACAUCAUCGUGGCCAUCGCUCCUUUGCUGGAAAACAACCACCCACCACCAGAUCUCUGUGAAUUCUUUUGCAAGCACUGCAGAGAGCGACCUCGGUCCAUGGUGGUCAUCGAAGUGUUCACCCCUGUGGUCCAGAGAAUCCUCAAGCAUAACAUGGACUUUGGCAAGUGCCCGCGUCUUAGGCUGUUCACUCAGGAGUACAUCCUCGCCUUGAACGAGCUCAAUGCGGGCAUGGAGGUGGUCAAGAAGUUCAUCCAGAGCAUGCAUGGCCCCACGGGCCACUGCCCUCACCCCCGGGUCCUGCCCAACCUGGUGGCUGUGUGCUUGGCUGCCAUCUAUUCCUGCUACGAAGAGUUUAUCAACAGCCGUGACAACUCCCCUAGCCUGAAGGAGAUCCGGAACGGCUGCCAGCAGCCGUGUGACCGGAAGCCCACCUUACCUCUGCGCCUGCUGCACCCCAGUCCGGACCUGGUGUCUCAGGAAGCCACGCUGUCCGAGGCGCGGCUCAAGUCGGUGGUCGUGGCCUCCAGCGAGAUCCACGUGGAGGUGGAGCGCACCAGCACUGCCAAGCCAGCGCUGACGGCCAGCGCCGGCAACGACAGCGAGCCCAACCUCAUCGACUGCCUCAUGGUCAGCCCCACCUGCAGCACCAUGAGCAUCGAGCUGGGCCCGCAGGCCGACCGUACCCUGGGCUGCUACGUGGAGAUCCUCAAGCUGCUGUCUGACUACGACGACUGGAGACCGUCCCUGGCCAGCUUGCUUCAACCCAUUCCAUUCCCCAAAGAAGCCCUCGCACACGAGAAGUUCACCAAGGAGCUGAAGUAUGUGAUUCAGAGGUUUGCGGAAGACCCGCGACAGGAGGUCCACUCGUGCCUGCUGAGCGUGCGGGCCGGCAAAGAUGGCUGGUUCCAGCUGUACAGCCCCGGAGGGGUGGCGUGUGACGAUGACGGGGAGCUCUUCGCCAGCAUGGUGCACAUCCUCAUGGGCUCCUGUUACAAGACCAAAAAAUUCCUGCUCUCCCUGGCGGAAAACAAGCUGGGCCCGUGCAUGCUCCUGGCGCUGCGGGGAAACCAGACCAUGGUGGAGAUCCUCUGCUUGAUGCUGGAAUACAACAUUAUUGACAACAAGGACACGCAGCUGCAGAUCAUCUCCACGCUGGAGAGCACGGAUGUGGGGAAGCGCAUGUACGAGCAGCUGUGCGACCGCCAGCGGGAGCUCAAGGAGCUGCAAAGGAAAGGCGGUCCCACCAGGCUAACACUGCCCUCAAAGUCCACGGACGCUGACCUGGCCCGCCUGCUGAGUUCUGGCUCCUUCGGGAACCUGGAGAACCUGAGCCUGGCCUUCACCAACGUCACCAGUGCCUGCGCCGAGCACCUCAUCAAGCUGCCCUCCCUCAAGCAGCUCAACCUGUGGUCCACGCAGUUUGGCGAUGCCGGCCUGCGGCUCCUGUCAGAACACCUCACCAUGCUCCAGGUGCUGAACCUGUGCGAGACCCCAGUCACCGAUGCCGGGCUGCUGGCCCUCAGCUCCAUGAAGAGUCUCUGCAGCUUAAACAUGAACAGCACCAAGCUCUCGGCUGACACCUAUGAGGAUCUGAAGGCCAAGCUCCCUAACCUGAAGGAGGUGGACGUCCGCUACACCGAAGCCUGGUGAAGGCCCGGCUGCGCGGGAUGGCGCCAACCGUGGGACGUUGCUUAGCUGUAGAGCAGUGGGUCCUGGGGUCACACCUGGCACCGGCUGCGGGAUAGAUGGGGGAGUCUCGGAGGGCGAAGGGGGGAGGGGAGGGGGACCGCAGCGCCCAGUCCCACCUAGUUCUUUUAGCUUCAUAAUUGGAACCUCUGACCUGACCGAACGCGGACUUCGCGGCAACCAGAGGGGCUCCGCGGCUCGGGAGGGGAGGCGGGCCCCUUCGUGGAUUUCCUUUGCCUUUGUGUUCAGUGCCGUGUGGGAAGGUCUCGUCACCCCCACACCAUCUCGGCGGGGGGGCGGGGGCGCUGGCCUCCCCGAGGCACCAAGCUGAGCUGAGGUCACCCCGCGUCUGGGGACAAAGCCCAGCCCAUCUCCCCCCGUCCUGCGUCCUCACCAUUGCUAUGCAACGUGGUUCUUGUUGUACAUAAGAUUUAAAUAAUGCACCUAUUUAAGAAACGUUGGCAAAUUGCAGGUCUGGGACCUGCUGUUAUUUAUGAAGUCUUUGACCCCCCCCCCCCCCCCCCCCAGCCUGUAGUACUGUACGAACCAGUCAGCCGUCGGGUUAGUGCUAGUGUUAUUGUUAUUUUUUUAAAGGAAACAGACAAAAAAAGAAAAAGGAAAAAAAAACACAACAGAAGUCCCUCCUUGGAGAAUUGAUUGCUUUUCCGUAGCGAUUCUGUGUGCUGAUGCUGGCCGGUGGUCUGUGCGUCACUGCUGCUGUAUAUUUCUGAUUUCUAAAUGUUCCCAGCUUCCUCAAGUGGUGGCAGUCAGGCUCGGGGUGGGGGGAGGAAAUGGGGUUCCAUACUGCAACUUGCUCCUCUAAGACCCAAACUCUUCCUCUCUCCCCCCUUUUAUCGAUUUGGAGGGGUGCUCACCCUCACCCCUGUCCGCCCCCUGUAGAGCUGCCCCCCCCCAGCUCAGUCCCUGCUGGCCUUCCCUGGCCUUGUCCUAACUGAGACUUGUGGCCCUCCGUCAUGUGCGCCCCCCCCCCCCGCCCUCACGCAUGCCGGCCUCUUGCAUGGUCUCGGAGAGGAGAGAGAGCGCCCCACCAGCCUGACCACCAUGCCCCCCGCGCCCUGACAAGCCAACCUCGUGUCCUUUAUGAGCAGUCGGCUUUUUCUUACCAAGCCCUCUCUGUACAGAACAGCCCCUGGAUGGUUUAUUUGGGGUCCCCCCCAGCCCCUUUUUUUUUUCUGUUGGUUUAGCACAAGUACUCCCUCCUCCCUUUCCUCUAGCACCUCCUGCUGAACCCACCUUCGAUGUAAUUGUUUUAUAAAUAUUUAAUCUUAUUCAAUGGAAACCAUGCUUUUGUCGUUUUAUACUUUGCUAGGUAGACUUUAUUACCCCUGACGACGCCCUCAUUUUUUUAAAAAAGGAAAAAAAAAAAACCACCACCAAGAGCAAAAUUGGGUUUCAGUCCUAAUUCACUUUUACGUGCCAGGUUUUUUCCCCCCGUGUGGGUGUGUGAGUGUGUGCCUGUGCACGUGUGUGCACACGUGUGUGUGUGUGUGUGUGUGUGUGUAUGUGUGUGUAGUGUGUUCUGUUUUAGUGUUCUGUUUUCUGUUGUCGUUUUCUGUUUGGUUUACGACUCUCCCCUUCCCCCAGUUUCGUACUUCACAGCAAGCACCCUGGUGCCGGAAGAAGCAGAAACAAAAAACAUUUUUAAAAAUUAAAAAAGAAGAAGAAAGAAGAGCCCCUUCCCCGCACUGUUGCUUUUCCUGGUGGUCCCACUACUGUCACGUAGCUGUACAAAGAGAUGUGAAAUACUUUCAGGCAAAAAUAAACUGUAAGUGACUCAUCGA